AUGAUUAAUUUUGAAAUUUAUGACUAUAUCGAAAUGGGAUUCAUGACUAUUGUUAUUCUAUCUUUACCAAUUUAUAUUUUCAUCUCAUAUGCUUUGUUGACUGAAAGGUAAUAAAGUUCUAAUCACAGGUUUUCUUGAGAAUAAAUUUCAGGAAAAAAGUUUUUUGCUCAUCAUUCUACAAAAUUCUGUCUCUUCUAACUUGCCUUGAUAUAAUUGCCUGUAUGGUAAACAUUUUCAGUAUGUUAGAAUUCAGAAUUCCUUUUCUCACACCAGUUAAUAAUAUUUUUAUAGCUCUAACAAUACCUGAUACAUUUUUUCCAACUUUAACAAAAGAAACAAUUUGUGGGAAACUAUAUUUGGGAUUUUCAUGGUUUUUAAGAUUAGGUCAAGGAACGACUGGCUCAUUUUUAGCGAUGAAUCGAGCAUCAGCCAUUCUUUUUCCAUUGAAAUAUAAACAGGUACAGUAAUCCCGAAACAUUGUAAACAAUGCAUUUUUGAAGUUUUGGUCUGAUAGAUUUGGAUUUUAUGCAAAAACUUUUACAAUUCUUGGAUAUCCAUUCUUGAUUCUCAUAUUUUUGGCAGAUGUUGAAUAUGUCACAGAUCCAGUAUCUAUGGUCAGCUUUCCGGAAAAAAUCUAACCAAAAACCAUAUUUUCCAGAAAAUAUUCCCAAACAUUGCUCAUGAUAAAGUUAGAUAUUGGAUAUUUUUAUUUGGCGCAUUCUUCGAUGCAUUAUCAAUUAGUUUAAUUAUCCUCGCAUAUAUAAAAACAGUUUUGAAACUUAAGAAAUUAAAAGAUAACAAGAUGAUUUCGAGUUCAAGCUCAAAUUCAAAAUUGAAAACAAAAUCGAAAAUCGAAGAAAAUAUGGCAUCUCGAAUUGCUAUGAUUGUUUGUUGCGGCGAAAUUUUAUAUUUUCUAUUUCUUGGUGUCAGUUCAAUGUUUGAAAUGACGACAAAAAUAUUUUAUUUAAUAUUUUCUCCAUUAUCCUAUACUUAUUCAAUUCUGAAUUGUUAUAUUUUAUUUUUCUUUUGUUCGCCAAUCAGAAAUUCAAUUUUAAGGAAACCGGAAGAAGUUCACAAGAGAUCAACAGUUUUGGCUAUAUGA